GAGCCGACGGCGGCUGAAGGGCCGUUUGGUGCCCCCAGCUCGGCCCGCACCCCCCGGCCCAGGCCGUGGGCGAGCCUGAACGAUACCCUUACCAGCCUCUGCAGUCGGAACCGGGCCCAGCUUCCUGUGAAGACCAAGGGGUAAGGUAAGGGUCUGAUCAGCCACCAGGACUGAGAAAGGGCAUCCGUCAGCCACAAGCACCCAAGACCCCUACCAAGCACAAGACCAAAGAGGAGGUGUUGGCCAGACCUGUGCACUAGGACAAGCACAGUAUCAAUCACAGACCCAAAAUCAACACCUCUGUCAUCCAUGCGGAGCAGAACAAAGUCUUAGAAGCUACAGGUGCCAGAAAAAAACAUCAGCCAGAGAUACGCACUGGGACAAGACUCUCAUCAGGCACAGGAGGCAGGGCACAGCAUGUAUCCGUCAUAUACGCUAGGAUUGGACCCUUACCAAACACUGGAACCAAAAAGUGCCUACCCGACAUACGCAGUAGGACAAGAUCCCCAUGAAGUCUAUGAACGUGGGCAUGGCCCCUAUCAGCCACAUGAACCAGGUUAUGGUCUUUAUCAGCCAGGACAUAGUCCAUAUGAUGAUCAGAUACCUGAUCCCAAAUCCCGAACGCUGGCAAUUCAGAAUGCAAAAGCCUAUUUACUGAAGAGCAGCACAACGUCUGGCCUGAACUUAUAUGACCAUCUUGCCAAUAUGCUAACAAAGAUACUGGAUGAACAGCCCACAAAUGCAGUAGACAUAAUAGAGAAUAUCAGCAAGGAUGUGAAGUGGGCUCACUUUCAAAAAAAAAUGGACACUCUUCGAGAUGAACAUGAGAUUCUUCCAACAUUUGAAGCUGCAGAAAAGCGUAAAGCUUUGUUCCUCAAGGCAAAUGGAGAAGGAGAUGAAGAACUAGAAGAAGAGAUAGGAGAGACCCCUCUACCUAAUGUGAUGGAAACAGCCUUCUAUUUUGAACAGGCUGGAAUUGGCUUGAGCAAAGAUGAAUCCUAUCACAUAUUCCUUGCCCUUAAAAAACUAAUUAGUGUUCAGCCAAUCCAGACCUGUCGCUUCUGGGGCAAAAUUUUGGGCCUGGAGAUGAACUAUAUUAUAGCUGAAGUACAGUACCAUGAGGGAGAAGAGGAGGAGGAAACAGAAGAGGAAGCAGUUACUGAGGAAGGAGGGAAAUGGGUGGGUGAGGUCGAAGACGAAGAAGAGGAGAAAGAAAAAGAAGAUGAACCACCAAAGUCCACCUAUAAGCCCCCACCUGUCAUCCCAAAAGAAGAAAAUGGGACUGGGGCUAAUAAAUAUGUCUACUUUGUCUGUAAUGAGCCAGGCAAACCCUGGGUGAAGUUGCCUCCAGUGACGCCAGCCCAGAUUGUCUGUGCCAGGAAAAUCAAGAAGUUCUUCACUGGGAGGCUGGAUGCUCCUGUUGUGAGCUUUCCUCCUUUCCCUGGAAAUGAGGCCAAUUACCUGCGUGCACAGAUAGCUCGGAUCUCAGCAGGAACCCAGAUCUCUCCCAUUGGAUUUUACCAGUUUGCAGAGGAAGAAGACGAAGAGGAGGAGGUGGAAGGAGGAAGAGAUACAUAUGAAGAAAACCCCGAUUUUCAGCCUCUUUCUGUGGCUGAAAUGGUGGAUUCUCUCUCCGCGUGGGUACACAACAUACAAAGUAUUCUAAAGCAGGGCCGCUGUGUUUGGCUUAAUCCUCUUCAAAAAACAGAGGAAGAAGAAGAAAAUGAAGAAGAGGAGAAAGCAGAGGAGCCAGAUGAACUACCGCAAGAACUACAGCAAGAAAUAGGACCUCCUCUUCUCACUCCACUCUCUGAAGAUGAAGGAAUUCAAAACAUCCCUGCUUGGACAGCUCAGCCUUCUACAAACUUGAUCCCGCAAUAUGCUGUUGCAGUUCUCCAGUCUAACCGAUGGCCUGGAGCAUACGCCUUUGCAUCUGGCAAGAAAUUUGAUAACAUCUACUUUGGCUGGGGUCACAAAUACAGCCCAGAGAACCACACUCCUGCACUGCCUCCACCAGUGCAAGCAGAAUACCCCAGCGGGCCAGAAAUCACCGAGACGAGAGACCCCACUGUGGAGGAGGAACUGGCUUUCAAGGCAGCCAGGGAAGAGGCCUUAGCUACGGCUGAGGAAGAGGAAGAUGAGGAAGGCGCUGAGGAGGAUGAAGAGGAGGAUGAUUAA